AUGUCGAAAAAGAGUGUUGAAGUCACUAAGAUCAUUGUUUACGACGUGGAUCCAUACCAAUGUCCCUUUCGGGAAUUUAGGGACAACGAAUUGCAACCAGAGCUUUGGGGAAUGGGUCCAGCAUCUUUUAGAGCGAACGUGGUGAUGAGCAAGACAUCAUCAAAACCGCCAGCCGAUUACGUCUGGUUCGAUGACCAGACGCAACCGCUGCCAAGGUCCGCUCGAGCGUAUCUACAUGAAUGGAUAAGGGCUGAAGAACUAGCCAGGAGUAGAUGGAAUGCAGAUGUGGCGGUUUUUGAGGAAAACAACGGCGGCAAAAUGUCAGUGACAGACAUUCAGCUCAGUCACGCUCAAGUACUCUUGAGAUCUUCUUUCUGCAGACGCGUGAUGUCUAUUUGCUUUAUUCUGGAAAGGGCUGAAGCAAUCAUCGUUGAACACCAAUGGGAGAACUUUCUGUUCAAUUUGCCCCCGGAAGGAUGGAGGGCGAAGUUCCAUAUCUACUCGCCCGGAAUGAAGCCUAGCGGUGGACAACAACAUAAACCAGGGCUGUCUAAAAACGGUUGUUAUCUAGUACGGCUUUUCCAUUUGGGCGCGUGGCGUUGCGUAUGGGUAAAUGAUCAAGUGCCAGUGGACGCUACAUCAGCUCCUUUGCUGCCGUUUUCGCCGCUGAUGAAUCGUAUACCUUCGAAGCCCGGCAGCAAACUCGCUCCUACCACUGUUACUGCUAAUGUUGUGCAUUUGUGGCCAUUACUGAUUUGCAAAGCGCUACUGAAGCUCGCAGCUCCGAAUAUGAAUUGCGACGAAGACCCGUGUAUUGAAGACGAAGAAAUGGCAGACUUUAAUAUUAUCCAUGCUCUAACUGGAUGCAUGUGUUUGACAAGAAGGAUUCUAGAUUAUAAUGAACUAUGGAAGUUAUUAGUGUCCGAGGUGCCUGCGUUCUUUUGGGAUGAUGACGACGAGACCACAGCGAGUACAGUCAAGUCUAAGAGCACCAAGAAACCUACAGCCAAGGAUACUUCAGCUGUCAGGCGGAGCUCCCUAACCUACAUAGAAAUAGAAGACACGAAAGAUCAGCCUCCGUACACCUUACCUGGCAUCACGCCAGGACACGAAAUGCUCCUUUUGGUCACAAUGAUCAGGGAUUUGCCGUUGAAGAAGCCUUUACCGGAGCCUGAUGUGUCACAAUGGAAGCAGUACCGCUGGAUAGACUGGGCUCGCGGUCGUGGACUCUACGAAGCCUACGACUGUCCCAGGACUAAAUUCUUGAAGGUCAACGGUCUGAUGAAACUGUCUUACGCUCCUCAUUUGCUGGACGUCCAGAGUACUGAAUCGAUCACGCUCGGAUUUCGUGAUGAGCACGAAAGAACGACUCCGGCCAUAAAGAAACCAACGAAGGAUAAUAAAUCAGUAACGGGUAUAUCAGCGGUUAGCCAGCAACAGAAAGAAGAAUUAAGAGAAUGGAUCAAAUUUAAAGCGCUGCGAGAACGUAUCAAAAGGACAAGUGUGGUAUUUUACCCGUCAAUGUAUCAAUUUACGUCAGCUGCCAGCAAUCCGCCUGUCAGGAUUACGAAGGCUCCUCCCAACAAGGCCUUGGACAUCCCAGCACCGAAAUCUGGGCCAAUGUACCUACAAAUUGACAGCCCCGAAGAGAACAAGCUUUGGCUAUCGUUAAGCAUAUUGAACCCAACCAUACUCCUCAAUUCUGGUAAUCCAAUAGUCGAUAACAUAGAACCUGCCUAUUUGGUUCUUGAGAGGUUUGCGUGGUUUGAAGAUUGGGAGCAGCCAGUUGCCGAGGGAUUUGUCCGGACGCGGGGCUAUGAUUCAGUUGAAGUUGAAUUCGAACCUGGUAGGCAUUUUUGUAGACUCUGGAUUCAUUCUCGAAUGCAUUGGCAUUUGAUGUUACUGAGCGAAUCUAAGUUGCUUUUGGGCACAAGAGACUUGAUACAGACGGCUGCGGUACGCGAAUGCCCGUGGGCUUCGAAAUUCCUGACAGGUCUCGGAAACGCUUUUGCGAAUUGGAUAAAGAUUAACCGAUCUAACACGAAUGUUGUCGAGGGUGACAGAGAAUUUUACAAAUCCUACCAACCCGACCUUCAAUGGAGUCCAGAUAAAGUGGGCUAUAAACGACCUCUCCUCCACUGGAUGUUCAAACAGGCUUUACAGUCAGUUUUAAAGAAGAAACUCUUGUUGGCUGAAUUCAAGACGGUCAGUGCAGUUUUGAGGAGAUAUUUCUGCGAUCCUGAUUUUGGUUUUUCAAUGAAGCCAAAGCCUUUGAAAUCUUUAAGGGAGAUAGCUGAUUUAGAUCCAUGCGACUGCUUAAUACCCGAAGCCGAGGAGUAUGUUAUUCAAGAAGAAUUACUUGACGAACAGGUCCCAGAGGAAAAACCUUUGGUCGAUUCGGAAACAAUGAAUUUACUGCUAAAAGCAGCAGAGACUCCAGGCUUUUCUCGAGUCUGUGAGCUGGCUACAGAUGAAUUACAAUGCGGAGUGCUGAAAAGAGAACGAGAUUUAGUAAUAAGAAAACAUGAAGCCGCAACACGUAUUCAGGCUCUUUGGAGAGGAGCGUGGGCAAGAAAAUGUUUGAACAGUCAUGUGUCAUUGAAUGCGGAUGUAUUGAAAUUGGUGAUGGAAUCGGCUUUCGGUAAUCUAGAUGCGCUUUCGUCGUUAAUGAACGAAUUCUUUUUAAUGUUUCCCGGCGCUAAAUCUGCCUAUUCAGUGGCUUCAGCUCUUAGCGGAGUGUACGGCUUACAGCAGUUCAGUGGAAUUUCUCAUGUCACUUCCAGUUGCAAAUGGAUACCGUUCUUUCAAGGAGUAUUUUACUGUCACGACCCAGUCAAAGUGCAUCUCGAUGUUUUGAGCACAUUGCAAGAUUGUAUUGUUGCUGUUUAUAAUAAUGACGAUGGAAUACAAUUACCUCAACCUUAUAGAGCCCAUUUGACGUUUGAUUUAUCGCCGAAUAACCGUGGCUAUACUGUAAUGGGCCACGGAACUUUAAAUCACGCUCUCGGAUUUAACCAAGAUUGUCACUGGCAGUUGACAGUGCUAUCAUCAAUAGAAGAUUCAUUCCAUCCCUGCGACAACGACUUGGAUUACUGCAAAGACAUUCCACUUCUGCCGGCGACUAAGCUUCAUGUUGAAGAGAUGUUUGUGCCAAAUAGAAGAAAUAUCUUGGGUGGGAUUCAGAUUUCUGUAACAAAACACGAGGCUAUCGGCUUUAGAGCAGCUGCUACUUGGUCAGAUUUGGAAAUGGUAGCGAUCCUUUACACAAUAACACCGAACGGUGUCGAAGAGUUGGCACACUGCUCGGGUAAAGGUGAAUUAUAUUGGCCCUAUAUUAUGUUGGAGCCGGCACCUCCAGCAGACUCGAUCAACUGGAAGAAAAGGGCGGCUUCCCAAUCUAAUUUGGCUACAACUGUUAAAGACGGCGGUACGAGCACUCGUUCACUCAAAUCGGUCAGAUCAAAGCUACCGAACACUGGGAAAAAUCGAUCUUCUACCAAGCUCAGGGAAUAUAAGCCUCCGCCGGCAGAGCCAAAGCAGUAUAUAAUCCAAGUUAUAGCAACGAAUGGAUGGCCUCUUACCGUAGCCCAGUGGAAGAGGGUGGACGAAAUCAGAAAUUCUAUUGAGACCAAACCAGAAAGUCCAGUUAAGAAAACGGUUAAGGAAAAGGGAGUUUUAAUAAAAGAAAAAGAUAAAGCCCAGUCACCCAUACCACUGCGCCAGCCCCAACCAGGUGACGCAUUCGUGGAGCUGGAAUGCUCGUUGGCAACUGCUGGAGGAGCUGUAGCCAAACGUGAUGAUACGAGAGACCAAGAGUUUGCUGCGGCCAGAAGAUCAUGGGAUGUUACUGAGCCCGGCAGGAAUUUGAGAGGAGCACAGCUCAGGAAAGAAUUUCGGGCGGAGUUCCUCGAAGCGCCACCAAUUCCUCCCUCCGAAACGGAAUAUACUAUUUUUGAGGAAAUGCUGUGCGACGAAGCUGCUGAAGAGAUAACUAAAAGUGAUCAAUUCCAAGCACAGCAAGGACCAACGCCUGCAACUGAAAGCGGUUUACUUGAAAUGACAGUUGACAUUGAAGAGGAGGCUCUGUAUCUUUCAAUGCCAGAUCAACUGAAGGAUAAAUUUAUAUCGCUGUCUUUUAUCUCGUUGUGCACUAAGGAGAGAGGUGAAAACUGCGUGGUAAUGACACCUGACAUAGAAGAAGCAGCUAAAAUGAAUAGAGAAGCAAGAUACGAAGCGGCAGUUGAGAGAAUGAAAGAACUUCAAACAUACAACGAGGAAUACGUGCUGGAAAGACAGAAGAAUCGCUGUGGAUUGCUGGAGGGGUUGUUGAAAGACUCUAGGUGGCCACCGGAACUGCAAAGGGUAUUAGAAGAAAGAGACGAUGCUAUAGCCCUCGAGGCUUUGAAUAGAACAUUAUCUGCGAAUAAAAAGAAACAGGAUGCUAAAAAGAAAUAAAG